CAUCCGUGGACCUCAUUGGCACCUGCUGGCCCCGCAGCCCUGCGGGGCAGCUAGUGGUUCGGCCCUGCCCUGCCUUUUUCUAUGGUGUCCGCUACAAUACCACAAGCCCGCUAUGGGGAAGUGCCACCAUGGGACCUUCCCCAAGAUCUGCCCCAUGAACUCUGAGCCCCCGUGUGCAGCACAGCCAGUGAGGACCUCCCACGGCAGCCUCUGUGAGAUGGCUCUACCACAAGAAGCCCUGUCGUGCCACCUGCCACGCGAGCUGUCACCGCAUACCCUUCCACCGUGUCAUGCCCAGCCUCGUGAAAAUUGACUCAUGAGGUCUCACCAUUUUUUUGCUGUCUUGCAAGACCCCUGAAAAGGAGAUUUCUCAGAAGAGCACCUACCUGUCAUCUGCCACCACAUAAUGACUUGCAAAGGAACAGCCCAGGGAGCUGGUCAAGCCUGUCCACGGGCCAGUCCUGUGGGCAUGAUCAUGCCAGCUUGAGUGGGCAGAGCCGGGGGAGCCACCAACCCCUGCUGGAGGCCAAUGGACAGAAAGAGGCAGGAAGAUGGGAGUGACAAUGGCUACCGGGAGUGCCUGGCCAAUGGCAGCUGGGCCGCCCGCGUGAAUUACUCCGAGUGCCAGGAGAUCCUCAAUGAGGAGAAAAAAAGCAAGGUGCACUACCAUGUCGCAGUCAUCAUCAACUACCUGGGCCACUGUAUCUCCCUGGUGGCCCUCCUGGUGGCCUUUGUCCUCUUUCUGCGGCUCAGGAGCAUCCGGUGCCUGCGAAACAUCAUCCACUGGAACCUCAUCUCCGCCUUCAUCCUGCGCAAUGCCACCUGGUUCGUGGUCCAGCUAACCAUGAGCCCCGAGGUCCACCAGAGCAACGUGGGCUGGUGCAGGUUGGUGACAGCCGCCUACAACUACUUCCAUGUGACCAACUUCUUCUGGAUGUUCGGGGAGGGCUGCUACCUGCACACAGCCAUCGUGCUCACCUACUCCACCGACCGGCUGCGCAAGUGGAUGUUCAUCUGCAUUGGCUGGGGUGUGCCCUUCCCCAUCAUUGUGGCCUGGGCCAUUGGGAAGCUGUACUACGACAAUGAGAAGUGCUGGUUUGGCAAAAGGCCUGGGGUGUACACCGACUAUAUCUACCAGGGCCCCAUGAUCCUGGUCCUGCUGAUCAAUUUCAUCUUCCUUUUCAACAUCGUCCGCAUCCUCAUGACCAAGCUCCGGGCAUCCACCACGUCUGAGACCAUUCAGUACAGGAAGGCUGUGAAAGCCACUCUGGUGCUGCUGCCCCUCCUGGGCAUCACCUACAUGCUGUUCUUCGUCAAUCCCGGGGAGGAUGAGGUCUCCCGGGUCGUCUUCAUCUACUUCAACUCCUUCCUGGAAUCCUUCCAGGGCUUCUUUGUGUCUGUGUUCUACUGUUUCCUCAAUAGUGAGGUCCGUUCUGCCAUCCGGAAGAGGUGGCACCGGUGGCAGGACAAGCACUCGAUCCGUGCCCGAGUGGCCCGCGCCAUGUCCAUCCCCACCUCCCCAACCCGUGUCAGCUUUCACAGCAUCAAGCAGUCCACAGCAGUCUGAGCUGGCAGGUCAUGGAGCAGCCCCCAAAGAGCUGUGGCUGGGGGGAUGACGGCCAGGCUCCCUGACCACCCUGCCUGUGGAGGCGACCUGUUAGGUCUCAUGCCCACUCCCCCAGGAGCAUCUGGCACUGACAGCCCUGGGGGGGGGCCGCUCUCCCCCUGCAGCCGUGCAGGACUCUAGCUCAUGAGUGGAAAGUCACCUACAGGACUGGGCCGGGCCCAGGGCCUCUGGCUUCCCUGCCCAAUCCUCCCUGGAGAAGGGACAUGGGAAUGAAUAGAAAUGGGGCGCUGGACACCUACAGCAGCACGCAUGUCCCUCCAAGACUGUCUUCUCCCAGAGCACAAGAAGGCCAGCCCACUGGGGCCUGGGGCUGCCCUCGGCAACCAUGGGGAGGCCAUUUGCUGCCCCGGGGCAUCAUGGGCAACUCGUGACAGCCUCUGACUCACCACGAUGACGCCUCUGGACCUCGGUGAUGCCUUCCGACACCACUGGGAACCAAGGGCCCUCGCUCAGGAACCCUGGAGACAGAAGUCAGGUGUCAUCAUCAGACGUGCGGCCACAGCACUAGAGUCACCCCCCCAGGCCUCAUUGGCACUGUGGCACUGCCACCAGCAAUGCCCUGCCUUGCUGCCUUCACCCUGAACAUUUACUACCCUGCAGGCCAGGCCAGCUUCCCCUCACUUAACCACCCCACACCAGUCACCUCCUGCUCCUUUUCCUCUUUUGUGAGAAGAUGGGGGCUGGAGGGGGCAGAGUGGCCUGUGAGCAAGAGCCAGGGGUGUCCCAGUCCCAGCCUCUGGGGCAGAGCUUGUAGCCCUGGAUGGCCUCUGGGGCAGGACCACUAGCUAAGCAAGCCAGGAGAAGACCCCUGCCCAAGUGGCUCUUGGGACAACGUGCUGCUUACACUCCAGGUGUGGACCGGCCGCAGCCCCCACUGACCUGCCCAUGUCCAGAGGGACUGGACAGGCAGGGCAGGGCUUUGGGGGGCACUAGAAGAUGAGGGUGUCGGCUGUGAGGCGGGUGGCUGGUAUAAAUAAUAUUUAUCUUUUCAACCAGCA